AUGCAGGCGGCCUCCACCACGGACUCCAUGGCUGCGGCGGCUCUUAGCUCGGUGCUCCGGCGGGUCAACCAGGCCACCCAGCGGUCCGGCCGCACGUCGGACCUGGUACGGCUCGUUGCCGUGGGCAAGACCAAGCCUGUCCCCCUCCUCCGGCAAGUUUACGACGCCGGCCACCGCUGCUUCGGCGAGAAUUACGUCCAAGAGAUCGUCGAGAAAGCUCCUCAGCUGCCGGAGGACAUUGAAUGGCAUUUCAUUGGGAAUUUGCAGAGUAAUAAAGUGAAGACGCUGUUGUCUGGUGUACCAAAUCUUGCAAUGGUGCAAACUGUUGACGACGAAAAGAUAGCGAACCAUCUUAAUCGUGCUAUUGGUAACAUCGGGCGGAAACCGCUGAAAGUGUUGGUCCAAGUAAACACGAGUGGUGAAGAAUCUAAAUCUGGUGUUGAGCCCACUGGAUGCGUGGAGCUCGCUAAACACAUCAGGAUGAACUGCCCUAACCUUGAAUUUUGUGGCCUCAUGACAAUAGGAAUGCCGGAUUACACAUCAACCCCUGAGAACUUCAAGACUUUAUCCAACUGUAGAAUUGAGGUUUGUAAGUCACUUGAUAUGGAAGAACACGAAUGUGAGCUAUCGAUGGGCAUGUCUGGAGACUUUGAGCAAGCUAUUGAGAUGGGCAGUACAAGUGUUAGAGUUGGAUCGACCAUAUUUGGAGCAAGGGAAUACCCGAAGAAAAAAGUAUAG